CCCGCAUUUUCUGCCUCCUACUAACUUUCCAACCCCUUUUGCUGCCUGCCUGCCACACUCAUAUUUCUUUUCAUACAUUAAUACGUUUUCCAGUUCAUGUUCAAAUCAAACCCUCAAAAGACCACUAUUUAAUUAAUGAUGUAAUUACAUAUUUUGAUAAAUAAACCCCUUUUGUCCACAUGUUUUUCUCAGCUGCGUCUGCUAUUGAGUCAGUCAAUCCCUUACAAUAUAGUAUACAUGUAUAAAUUUGUAAGCAAGCGUUCGUCCAUGCUCUGGUUUAAAUAAUUUUACCAUAAGGAAGGAAGAAGAAAGUUGUUCUUGAUUGCCUUUCUAUGUGGGCUUCCAAUCCAUUCUGUCUUCUCUGCUCUGGUUUCUGUCUGUGGUAAGGAAUAAUUUCUGUUAGCAGUGCAGGGCAGGGAAGGGCUUUAAGCCGGCGCAGAUAAAUCCAGUUUCCUUAUAUAAUAGUUUCAACAGUUUUUUUUAUAUAUAUAUUCUGGGAUAUUGGAAUCUCAGCAAAUCCACAGAAGAGCCAGCUCAUUCGUGUUAAGAAUGUUCCGGAUCGAAAUCUAUUCAUCAUCUCCAAUCUCUCCCAUCCCACAACUUUAUUAAAGAUCGGAUUUUUAUUUCAUUCUACUGUUGCUCUGCUGAUGAUGGGCUGUGCGUCGUCCAAGGACAAGCUAUGCCGGAACUGCAAGGCGCGUUGUUCUCCGGUGCGGCGGAGCUACUCGAUGCACGGCCACAAUCCUCCCUGGCAAAGCCAUCACAUGGUGUCUCUAACUUCCUCCACGCUGGGUUCUUUGCGCCUUGAUCCACUGAUUCACAGUCAUGUCUUGAAGGAGAAAGAAGAAAUCGAAGCUCCAAGCAAUGGGAGUAGUGUUGCAGAAGUUAAGGGUUGUUCUGAAAAUGGGGAAAGUAAAAUCAGGGAUAGGUCUGCUAAAGAGGAAUUCGCAAUGGGGAUGAUUGAGGUCAAGACCUGGUCCAAAAUGAUCGACGAAAAAAUCCCUAAAAUCGCCCCUAAAACGCCGAUUAGAACUCCUCCAGGGGAGCCUGAGAUGAUAAACGCCUGGGAGAUGAUGGAGGGUCUUGAAGACGUCAGUCCUGUCCGACCCAUCCACCAUUUUCGCAGCUUUUCUUUCCAGGUACCUCCCAGCCAUUCUAGUCUGUCUUCCUCGGAAGAUCAACAGACUCCAAGAGUGAAAGAACACAGCGAUGCUGCCAUGGCCGACAGUGAUUCCAACUCAAAUUCAAAUUCCAACGACACCUCUAUAGCAUCCGAAUUCGAUCCUGAGGUGAUAGCCACAUUCCGAAAAGCCCUGGACGAUCUUCCCCCUGCCAAUACAAUUCACCUCAAGCCAUUGGAAAGCGAAGAUCAUCAGCCAUUGGUACCACGCACAGACAAGUUAACUGUGUACUUCACCAGCCUAAGAGGGGUGAGGAAGACAUUCGAGGAUUGCUGCCAUGUACGGGUCUUGUUAAAGGGGUUGGGAGUUAAGGUAGAUGAGAGGGACGUAUCAAUGCAUUCUGGAUUCAAGGAGGAGCUAAAGGAGCUGCUGGGAGACGGGUUCAUCGGCAGAGGCUUGCCCAUAGUUUUUAUCGGGAAGAAAUGUGUCGGCGGGGCCGAUGAAAUUCGAAGGCUGAACGAAGAGGGAGAGCUCGAGAGGACAGUAGAGAGUUGUGAAUUAAUGGAUGACACCGGAGGAGGCGAUGGAAAUUGCAAUGCUUGCGAAGCAUGCGGCGAUGUUCGAUUCAUGCCUUGUGAGACGUGUUCGGGGAGCUGUAAGAUAUACUACGAGGGGGAGGGGGAUUACGAAGAAGAUGACGAAUACGACGAAUGUGGCUUCCAGAGAUGCCCUGAUUGCAAUGAAAAUGGACUCAUUAGGUGCCCGAUAUGUUGUGACUAAAAUUAUCAUUAGAAUUCACAUAGUCUGCGUUCUUGUGUUGUUUGUUUUAGAGUGAACAGUUUUGAUGGUUUGCCUGUGAGAUUCCCUGCAAGAAUCUCAGCUGCAAACGUUGCGCAAUUGACAAGUUCUUCACUUGUUGUAAUACUUCAAGUCAUUUGAUCUCUUCCUUGGUGAGAAGCAUAUACAAAUGAAUUCGUUUGAAUAGUUUAGUAUGCCAGAGUUGAAAAAGUGAGUGGAAAGCAUGAAAACCUGGUUGUGGAAGAAAAGACUUCCCCUGUAUUAUUUAUUAUCUUUGUUUAUUAUUAUUAUUAUUAUUAUAUAC